CUUGACCCCCCCCCGGGGAGGACUCGUCGGGCAGCCCGGGAGAGGGUUGGGAAAGGACCUCCUCUGUGCCCCCGCCUCUCACAGCUUCCCCCUGCUGUCCGGCAAAACAGAGGGAGUGGAAGGGAAGGGAAGAACUCAGAGGCCUCAGAGGGAAGGAGAAGUUCAGGCCCUUCGGUCGGUCGGUCCUCUGGUCUGCUGUGGCCGCGUGGGUGGAGAAAUGAAACCCCCAGGUGAUGGAUCCAGUGACCCGCUCCCUCCCCACGGUGUUUUGUUUUCUCUCUUUCUGCUGCCCUGUUCUCCCUCUGGCACUCGGAGACCUGGUCCCGCCCGGCCCUCGAGGAUGAGGGGGGGCCCCCUCUGCUGGUCCUUCACCUGCUUGGCCACCCUCCUGAGUUGGUGCCAAGCCUGCCCGCUGUCCCCUGGAGAACCAGACUGCCCCACUGCAGGUAGCGGCUGUGCCUUGUGCCCGCAGUGCCCACCGGGCGAGGAGCCAACACCGGACCGUGGUUCCAGGCCGACCUGUCGCCCCUGUGCCCCCGGCACGUUCUCUGCCAGCUUCGGCCCCGAGCCCUGCAUCCCCCACACCCGCUGCCAGGACUGGCGUCGGGGCCAGGCCACCCCAGGCACCGCGACCCGUGACGGAGAGUGCGGGGGCUGCAUGAAGGGGUUCUUCGCUGCCUCAGCAGGAGCAGAUGCCCGGUGCCAGCCUUGUACCUGGGCGCCCGCGGGCACAGAUGCCUGCGCUGGGGCCGAGGUGCAACUGCUGCGGCGGUCGAGGCGUCAGGCCGGCCCCUCCGGGCCCCGGGCACCGGAAAACGGCACGCGGGAGGGGAAGCCAGAGGAGAGGAACACGCAGUUCGCCGUCGUCGCCAUCGUCCCGGUCUUCUGUCUCAUGGGGCUGCUGGGCAUCCUGGUCUGUAACUUGCUCAAGCGCAAAGGCUACCACUGCACGGCCAGCAAGGACCCCGGCCAGGACCGCGGGGCCGGCUGGAGCGGAGCCAGUCCCGCCUACUGUGCCGACGAUGCCAACGAAGACACGAUCGGGGUUCUCGUCCGGUUGAUCACGGAGAAGAAAGAGAACGCUGCAGCGUUGGAAGAGCUACUGCAGGAUUAUCACAGCAAACAGCUGGUGCCGGCAGACCCAAACCCCAGCAACAGGCUGCCUCUGCUCUGCCAGCAUCAGCAGCACCUGCACACGGUGCAGGGCCCGGCCCCCCUCACCGGCCCCGGCUCCGGCUGCUCCCGCUGCAGCCAGAGGAAGUGGCCAGAGGUCCUGCUGUCCCCCGAGGCGGCCGCCGCAGCCACGCCGGCCCCCGGCGCCGUGUCCACCCGCGCCGCUAAACAGGGGACCAGACCGGGCCGCCAGGGAGAGAUCACAGUCCUCUCUGUGGGCAGGUUCCGGGUGGCCCGCAUCCCCGAGCAGAAACCGAACCUGAUGCUCCCCGAAGUCCGGACCGUGUCGGAAGCGAGCGUGAGUGAGCCGGUCGACCCCACCCGUGGUGCCCCUCCCCUCGAGCAGAAGCCCCUGCUGGUCCACGGGGGCAAGGCCAAGUGGCAGAAAGGAACCGAUGGGAAGCAAGAGGACACCCUCUACGUGGUCCGGCUCAGCGAGUCCAACCUUGUCAUAUGAAGGACCAUGCCUGAAGCUCUGCCGGUCCUCCCCCGCCAUGGUGCUCUUUGGGGCUGCCGAUCCAGUUGACGACGCGCAGAUUGGAUGAUGACACAAGGACCAGGGCCCCCUGCCCGGGGCAGCCCCAUCCCCCGUGCCAGGCUUAGACCCCACUACUAGGCCACGGACCCCAGUACCAGGCCACAGGGUGGGCCGGUCCCCUAGCAGGGGGCGGGAGGGUUAGGGGUCAGCAGGGGGUGGGGCACAGACUGUAGGAGCCCCCCCAUUCAGGGAAGGGGAAGGAGUGGGCACGGGGGAGGAGAGAGGGCACUGACCACCGCCUGCCCCUUCCACUUUCCUUCCUCCAUCGGGGGGUGGUGCCGAUAGACCGUGUUCCCCGCCACAACUGAGCGGCUCCUUCCUCCCCUCAUUACUCCAACUUCCUGCAGUGUGGAAGUGGGGAGGAGGGCCUCAGUCCCUGCCAGCAGCCCCCUCCCCUGCUAGUCAUUUGAGAAAAGAAGUAGUCAUGCUCCCACCUUGCUCUGUGGGACUCUGGGUCCUCUCUGACACGGGGCCCGCCCACAUUCCCCCCCGACUCCCAGCCCCCAGAUUGCUUCUGGUUCCCAGACCUACUUUGGGGAGGAGGAGUGGGGAGAGACCGGCCACUGAUGGUGGAGGGAGGCUCAAGGAUUGGGGUACACCGAGUGGGCAUUAGGUACAGGCUGGAUUUGUUCUCUGCUGAUUCUGUCCCCCGCUGCGGACCUCUCCUGGUUUGUGUUUGUGCUCAAGGAUUGAAAUAUUAGCAGCAGCAGCAGCAGCAGCUCGAGUUGGAGAAGCGUCUGUCUCUGCCUUCGCCCUGUCGACUCUUUCCCCGGUCCGUGCCUGGCCCCAGCAGGCUCGGGCAUCAAGUGGGUGCUGGGCCGGGCCCAGACCCUGCUGUUCCCCCUUCUCUUCCCUUUCCCCCUCACUGUGUGUGAGAAUGGUGCAGCGGGGAGGCUGGCUGGUCUCCUUAGGUCUGAUUUAUUUAUUGAAUUUUGGUUUGGACCACCUCCUCCUCAACUGAUUUCUGUAUGUUGGAUAAUAAAAGUUGGAAAUCAUGAA